AUGGAGGAAACCCUGAACAACACCAUUCAUCCGGCUUGUUUGCGGAAAGACCCGCCACUGGCGGGUGACAUGCUGAAGCAACUGGACACGUUUGAAUUUUGCUUGUACGCGAUGCUCACCUUCAUGUCCUCGGUCUCCCUGCUGCUGUACCUGGAACAAUGCAUCUAUAUUUAUAAAAAACUUGACUACCCCAAGAAGACCACUCUGAUUUGGAUCAGUGGUGCAGCGCCAGUAAUCGCCACUAUGUCGUGCUUUGGGAUGUGGAUUCCACGGGCGGUGAUGAUCACAGACAUGACCUCAAACUGCUAUUUUGCAGUCGUGGUGUACAAAGUCUUGAUCCUGAUGAUUGAGGAAAUGGGGGGCAGCACGGCUUUUCUGAAGCGCUUCGGUGGUGAACCCUUUCGGAUCAACACCGGGCCCUGCUGCUGCUGCUGCUGCUGUUUGCCCCAUGUGCCCAUGUCCCGACGGAUGCUGUUCAUCCUGAAGAUAGGAAGCCUCCAGUACGCCAUCCUAAAAACAGUGCUCUCUGUUCUCUCCGUUGUUCUGUGGACAAAUGGUUACUUCGAUCUUUCAGAUCUAGAGAUCACUGGCACAGCCAUAUGGAUCAACCCAUUCAUCGGUGUCCUGACCAUCACCUCCCUCUGGCCUGUCGCUAUCAUCUUUAUGAACAUAAACAGAUUCCUGCGCAGCCUGAAAAUGGUACCCAAGUAUGCCAUGUACCAACUGAUACUCGUGUUGAGUCAGCUGCAGACAUCAAUCAUUAACAUCCUGGCCUUAGACGGAACCAUCGCCUGUGCUCCUCCACUCUCCUCUCAAGCUCGUGGAUCCAUGCUGAGUCAGCAGAUGAUGAUCAUGGAGAUGUUUAUAAUCAGCCUGAUCACCCGCUCGUUCUACCAUCGCACAUAUGACCCGCUUCCCUGCGAGGCGCAUGACAACGAAGAGAACAAAAAGACUGACCUGCAGGCAGCUCUCAUCGAGCGCGACGUCUAG